AUGCGAUUCACUGUCAAGUUAGGAGAAAACACCCUUUCCCAGCCAGGGUGCCAUCACAUGUGUAAGAAGGAAAUUGAGGAGAAAAAGUGCUGUCCAGGAUUCUGGGGUACAGAGUGCUAUGAGUGUCCAGGUGGCUCUGAAAAUCCCUGCAGUGGUCAUGGGACAUGCUUGGAUGGUAUACAGCAAAAUGGGACCUGCAUCUGCAAGGAGCAAUACAGUGGUUUUGCCUGCCAGGAUUGUCGAGACGAAAAUCGUUUUGGCCCAGACUGUGAGUCAGUGUGUGACUGUGUGCACGGGGAAUGCAACAGCGGCGUCACUGGGAAUGGAAGCUGCGCAUGCUAUGGAGGCUACACUGGCCCCAGGUGUGACCAAGAGCUUCCCCUUUGCAAAGGCAUGACUUGUGAGGCCACGAGCGAAUGUGUGGUAAGGGAUGGGACAGCGCUGUGUGACUGCAAGCUGGGCUACACAAAAAGUGGGACCACUUGCCAAGCUCAGGAUCCUUGUGCUUCUUCUCCGUGCUCCCCCUUCGCUGAAUGUAAGGUUCUCGGGCCACAGAAGUAUCAGUGUGCCUGCAAAGAAGGAUUUCAAGGAGAUGGGAAGAUUUGCCAGCCCAUAAACCCUUGUGUUGACAGCAACGGAGGCUGCCCAGAAAACUCUACAAUUUGUGUUUACAGACGUCCAGGAGAGGUGAGGAGUUCUUCAGAUGAGCUCGCCAGUGUGUUUGUCAAAUCUGCUCUCCUCAACUUAGAUUUUUGCAAGGGGAAACCAGACAGCUCUUCUGAAGGCUGCGUCUGUAAAGAAGGGGAGAUUGGAGAUGGGAGAAGUUGCUAUAAAGAUCUCUUGAGUGAGAUAAAUCAUCAUAAUUCGCGAGGAAGAACAGAAUUUAAUGAUACCACUGCUGAGCAUUUGUGCAGAAUGCACAUUGUUCCUGGUCUGCAUUUGUUAGAAGACAUGGUAAAAGCCAAAACUGUGUGGACCUUGUCAGGACAUCAGCUAACAUUCAGUAGCCAGACAUACAUCAAAUCGUUUCGAUAUCAAGACCUGCCAGGGGAACUGUACAAUGUUCUGCAGUCGAACCUACCAGCAGCCAAUGGGAUCAUGCAUAUCGUUAACAACCUGAGGAAGAAAACCAGCACCGGCAACCUCAGCAACCCACAGAAAACCAUUGGUGAGAUCCUUGCUUCAAUGGAGAUCUUCAGUAGAUUUGAAACUAUACUGGAGAACUGCGGCCUGCCUGCAAUACUGGAUGGCCCAGGCCCCUUUACUGUAUUUGUACCCAGCAAUGAUGGUGUGGAUAAGUUGAGAGAUGGAAGGCUCAUUUAUCUUUUCACUGAGGGCAUAAAUAAGCUUCAGGAACUGGUGAAACAUCAUAUCUACACUUCAGCAGCGGUGACUGUAGAGAAACUGAUAAUGAUGCCACACAUUGUUACUAUGGCUAACCAGAUACUUACCAUCAACAUCAGUGCAGAUGGAAGAAUUCUGAUGGAUGAAUCAGGGAUCGCCUUAAACAUGCGAGACAUUGUGGCGUCAAAUGGUAUUAUUCAUACCUUGGAUGGCAUCUUCAUCCCUCCUUCAAUAAUUCCAAUUUUACCUCACAGAUGCAAUGAAGAACAACAUAAAAUUGUGACAGGCUCUUGUGUGGAUUGUGAGGCCCUCAACAGCAGUGUUUGCCCACCUGGCAGCAGAGAAAUGGAACCGAUGCUCUUUCCAAAAGAAUGUGUCUACAUCCAUGAUCCACAAGGCCUGAAUGUCCUGAAGAAGGGGUGCGCCAGGUACUGCAAUCAAACCAUUAUGAAACCUGGAUGCUGCAAAGGAUUCUUUGGUCCAGACUGCAUGCCAUGCCCAGGGGGAUUUUCCAGUCCGUGCUAUGGACGAGGAAAUUGCAGCGAUGGCAUACAAGGGAAUGGCAACUGUCAAUGCUUUGAAGGUUUCAAAGGAAUAGCCUGCCACAUCUGCUCAAACCCAAACAAGCAUGGCGAGAACUGUGACGAAGAUUGUGGCUGUGUCCAUGGUGUCUGUGACAACAGGCCUGGCAGUGGCGGUGUGUGUCAGUCCUGGUCUUGUAAGGAAGGCUAUACCGGGAAGUUCUGUGACAAGACAUCCAGGAACUGUGGCCCAAGCGGCCUGUCCCAGUACUGCCACAAGAACGCUGUCUGCAGCCUCAAUGACACAGCAAGGUGCAUCUGCAUGGAUGGAUAUGAAGGUGAUGGGUUUUCCUGCCAGCCCAUUGACCUGUGCAGUCAACAAGAACGAGGAGGCUGUUCGCAGAAUGCCGUGUGCACCAGUACGGGCCCUGGGACCGCCACCUGCCAGUGCAACACAGGCUGGACUGGGGACGGGAAGGCCUGCGUGGCUAUAGACAACUGCGUGCUGGAGAGCAGAGGGAACUGUCACAUCAAUGCCAACUGCGUUUAUAUCGGUCCUGGCCAGAGCAAGUGUGUCUGCAAGAGGGGUUAUGCUGGCGAUGGCCACAACUGUGAUGCAAUCAACCCAUGCCUCAUGGACAACGGUGGCUGCCAUGACUUGGCUAUGUGUGUACCCCUUGGAGGAGGAGACAGAUCCUGCGCUUGCCCUCAAGGCUACAUGGGGGAUGGCAUGACGUGCUAUGGGGAUGUUCUAAAAGAGCUGGCCAGGAACUCCCACUUUGCAGGCUUCUCCAACUGGCUUCAGAAAUCUCUCUUCAGCAUCCCAGCAGGAACCAAUGUCACUGUCCUGGUGCCGUCAGAGGCAGCUAUCAAAAACUUGAGCAAGACUGAGAAAGAUUUCUGGUUGACCCCCUACAUGCUGCCAUUUUUAGUCAGGGCCCACUUUCUUGAAGGCGCCUUCACCGUUGAAAAGCUCAAAGAGUAUGACAGGCCAGAAUUACCCACCCUCAACCCACAGACCAGAUGGCAGAUAAACACCAGGAGCGGCGUAUUAACCAUCCAAAAUGUGAGUAUAGUCGUCAGUGACAUCCCUGCAAGCAACGGCAUUAUUCAUGUCCUCAGUAAGGUUUUGUUGCUGCCUGCAGAAGAUAUCCCAACAAGUCCUCCAGGUCUGCGGAAACAGCUUGAGACAGUUGCCUCAUUCAGCACAUUCAAGGAGUUGUUACAGGAAUACCAGCUCAUUGGAAAAAUCGAGUCCUCUGAAAAAUAUACCAUUUUUGUUCCCGGAAAUAAUUCCAUUGAGGAGUACUGCCAUGCUGCCAAUGUGACACAACUGGACAAUGAGACAGUGCAGUACCACGUUGUGCUGGGAGAGAAGCUCUCGCCCACAGACCUGAGAAGUGGAAUCCAUAAGAACAGCAUGUUAGGGCUCUCCUACUGGCUAAUGUUUUAUCAAAACAGCACCCAGAAGUUUGUCAAUAAUAUUCCUUUGGACGGAAAAUUUCUUGAGACAGAGAACGGCAUGUUGAUCGGGGUUUCACAGGUCCUCCAGACACAGAAGAAUCGUUGCACUGCCAAUACUACCACCAUACAAAAGAGGUCCGUCUGCUGCCCCGGCUAUUACGGACACAUGUGCGAGAUGUGCCCAGGGAAGCCAGGCCAAUGGUGCUCCGGGAAUGGGGAAUGCCAGGAUGGCAUGGAGGGCAGUGGAGAGUGCCGAUGCCUGGAGGGUUUCCAUGGCACAGCCUGCGAAAUGUGUGAAGUGGGACGAUACGGAGCUGACUGCAAAUCAGAAUGUGGCUGUGACAAUGGCAUAUGUAACGACGGACUGCAAGGGGAUGGGAGCUGCGAGUGUUUCCCGGGAUGGAAGGGCCCUACCUGUCGACAAAGAAUCGAGAUUGACUUAUGCAAUAACACUUGUCAUCAAAUGGCCAACUGCCUCAAUAGCUCUGCAGAUUCCCCACCUACAUGCUUCUGCUCUGCUGGAUACACAGGGAAUGGGACCCAUUGCACAGAAAUAGAUCCGUGCGCUAUCGAUCAUGGUGGCUGCUCCAUCUACGCUGUGUGUACUAAAGUGUCCCCAGGAGAGAGAACCUGCGUUUGUAAGGAAGGCUACGCUGGAGACGGGACGCUCUGCAUGGAAAUUGAUCUCUGUCUCGAAAGCAACGGGGGCUGCCACAUCAACGCGGAGUGCGUUAAAACAGGCCCAAGGAAGGUUGCCUGCAACUGUCUUCCUGGUUACAGUGGGGAUGGCGUGAGCCAGUGCAACCCCAUCAACUUGUGUGAACAGAACAACGGAGGCUGUAGUCCAUUUGGGGUCUGCAAGUACACGGGCCCUGGCACUCGAAACUGCUCCUGCUCUUGGCACAGUGUUGGAGAUGGCUUCACCUGCCGUGGAAAAGUGUAUCAGGCAGAAAACAUCAAGGAGCUCAGUGGGGCAGGGCCUUUCACUGUCUUUGUCCCACGGACAGAUUUCAUAGCAAACACCACAACGUUUGAGGAGUGGAGGAGCAGAGGUCUCCUCCGGGACCUGCUUCGCUACCACAUGGUGGGUUGCCAGAAACUGCUGUCCAGUGAAUUGGAAGCCCAGGCAUCCCUUACAUCUUUAUCUGGCCACAAAAUAAAGAUCACAGUGAAAGAGAAUAGCAUCUAUCUCGAUGAGGAGGCCAAAGUGGUCACGAGUGACAUCGUUGGUGUGAAUGGAGUUAUUCAUUUCAUCAACAAGAUCCUCAUUCCAAGUGACCUGAUGGACCGUAACAUUUCCUCAAAGAUCUCUCAGCAAAAUAUCACGGAAGUGGCAGAGGCCUUUGGUUACACCAUUUAUAGCAAGCUCCUGCAGGACGCGGAGCUGCUUCCACUGAUUAGUGACCCCCUGCAUAGACCCUUCACCAUGCUGUGGCCCACAGAUGCUGCAUUUAAUGCCCUCUCAGAGAAAAGGCAGAAGUGGCUGUACCGCAGAGAGCAUCGGGAUGUGCUGGCCUCCUACCUCAAAGCACACAUGAUCAGGGACACAAAGAUUGUGGCUGGUAACGUGCCCCAAGUCGAAUCCAUACGGACCAUGCAUGGCUCCACUGUCUCGUUCAGGUGCAGCAAAACCCACGUGGGGGAGCUUCUGGUGGGGAACGGCGAUGCCACCAUCAUCCAGAGGCACAUGGAAUUCAAUGGGGGCAUUGCUUAUGGCAUCGAUAGGCUGCUGGAGCCACCGGAUCUGGGGUCUCGGUGUGAUGAGUUCAUCUUUGUUGAGCUGCAGGGAUCUACAGAGAGCUGUGGACUCUGUGGCUUCGAGCCACCCUGCCCUGCUGGCUCCGUUCAACGGGGGCAAACCAAGCGCUGCUACUAUUACAGAAACCAGCUGUUGAGAAACACUUUUCUGUUUCACCGCAACUCCCCGUUGCGGCCGUCCUGGCCACCCUCCCCGUGGGACUCCUUCAGAAGACACUUCUCUUCCAGGGAGCCUCUGAAACGAGGCUGCAAGAGGAGCUGCAUUUCCACCCAGUGGGUCCCUCAGUGCUGUGUGAACCACUAUGGCCGUGACUGUCGGGCGUGUCCGGGAGGGCUGGAGGCGCCGUGCGGUAACCGUGGUACCUGCGACGACAAAAUUGGUGGCUCGGGGAGAUGCAACUGCAGCCAGGCUUUCAUCGGGACCAGCUGCGAGCUGUGUGCGCCGGGCAGAUACGGGCCAGACUGCCGAGAGUGUAACUGUACUGAGAAUGGCGUGUGCAAUGGAGGACUGCAUGGCGACGGCUUCUGCUUCUGCGCUGAGGGCUGGACCGGAGACCACUGCGAAAUCAGACUAGAAAUAUCUCCAACCUGCUCUCCACCGUGCCACCCUCAGGCCAUCUGCCGCUCCGGCAACCUCUGCGAAUGCAACCUACACUACGAAGGAGAUGGGAGAAUGUGCACAGUGAUCGACAUGUGCAGCCAGGACAACGGGGGGUGCGCCAGGCACGCACAGUGCACGCAGGCUGGCGUGAACGUCUCCUGUGCCUGUGCUCCCGGGUACACAGGCGACGGCUACGUCUGCGACCCCAUAGACAGGUGUGCGGACGGCAGGAACGGGGACUGCAGCCAGCACGCCGACUGCAUCAGCACCGGGCCGAACGAGCGGCGCUGCGAGUGCAAGCGGGGCUAUGUUGGUGAUGGGAUCCAGUGCCUGGAAGAAGCCGUGCCCCCCACAGACCGGUGCCUGGAAGACAACGGGCAGUGCCAUCGGGAGGCCAUUUGCACUGACCUGCACUUUCAUGAUAAGACUAUGGGCGUAUUUCACCUGCAGUCACCCCGAAAAAAGUACGACUUCACUUACGAGCAGGCUCAGAAGGCCUGUGCCGCGGAAGGUGCUUCCCUGGCCACUUUCCAACAGCUCUCGGCAGCACAACAGAUGGGAUUCCAUCUGUGUUUGGUGGGUUGGCUGGACAAUGGCACAGCGGGAUACCCCACAGCCUACCCCAACCCCAGCUGUGGGGCUAACCGAGUGGGCAUCGUGGACUACGGCUCCCGAAGCAACCUGAGCGAGACCUGGGAUGCCUUCUGCUACCGGGAGAAGGAUCUGACUUGCACCUGCCGUGACGGGUUCGUGGGAGAUGGGUACUGGUGCAGUGGCAAACUCCCUGAUGUCCUCGCAGACGACGCUCGCUUCUCCACCUUCUAUUCUAUGUUGCUUGAUUUUGCCAAUGAUACAGAAGAAGGACUGGAUUUUUUCACCUAUUUGUCUGAUGACUCCACUCCCAAAACUCUCUUUGUCCCUCUGAAUUCUGGCUUCACAGAAAAUGAAACGCUGUCAGGAGAAGAACUGAAGCUCCAUGUGUCGUCCAGCAAUGUCGUCCUCUUCAGCUUCAACCUCACGACGGGCACCAUCAUCCCCUCUCAGUCGGGAUACGACCUCCACGUGUCAGACCUCCCAGUGGGCAACAGCACGGAGCACGCGGUAGGUUCAGCCGCGGCGGGGGUCAAAAAACCCCCGGGAGCUUUCACCACGGGGCCCCACCGGGAGGCCCUCUGGCCGGGUGCCACCCUCUCUGCCCCGUGCUGCAGGCUGCCAAGGGGAUCAACGGGACGGUGA